CCCAAGAUGGCGGACUGAAGACAUGUCCGGCGUCCAACUGUCGCAAGAUAUCGGGUUUUCGAGAAGCAAUCUCCAUCGGCUCUUUUCGCGUCGUGAGACCAAGAUGGCACUCGGGAGGCCCGCGUGUCGUCCGACCUCCACGAGAUUUUUAUGAAACGAUCUUCUUACGCUCAUUCCGUGUCACGACAAGGCCAAGAUGGCGGAGGGAAGACCUGCGUGCUGUCCAACUGCCGCAAGAUAUUGGGUUUUUGGAGAAGCGAUCUUCAUCGGCUCCUUUCGCGUCGUGAGACCAAGACGGCUAUCGGGAAGUCCGCGUGCCGUGUAACCUCCACGAGACGAUGGAUUUUUAUGAAACGAUCUUCUUCGGCUCCUUUCGUCGCACGAAGAGCCCAAGAUGGCGCUAGGGAGACCCGCGUAGCGUUCAAUCUCCACGGGAUGGCAUCUUUUUAUGAAACGAUCUUCUUCGGCCCCUUUCGUGUCAAGGCGGGACCAAGAUGGCGGACGAAGACGCGCACGGCGUCCGGCUGCCGCAAGAUAUCGGGUUUUCGAAGAGCGAUGUCCUUCAACCCCUUUCGUGUCGCGGAGAGACCAAGAUGGCGCUGGAACGACACGCGUGGCGUCCCGCAGGAUAUCGGAUUUUCCAGAAGUAACCUUCCUCGGCCCUCUUCGUGUCACCGGAGUCUAAGAUGGCACUUGGAGACUAAGACGGUUCGCGUAAAAUGGCGGAUUCCUUGGAAGCGACCUUUUCAUCUCACGAAGAGACCAAGAUGUCACCGGGAGGACACAGCGUCCGCUUCUCGCAAGAUGGCGAAUUUUCAAGAAGAGAUUCCCUUAAGGCAGCCCUUUCUCGGCACGAAGGAACCAAAAUGGUGCCCGAAUGAUACCCAUCUUACAUCUCGUCCCGACAAAGUGGCGAAUUCUUCUUGUUCGGUCCUUCUUGUUACGCAAAGAGAUCAAAAUGGUUUCCGGAAAACACACGGGAUGUCCGGUCCCCGCAAAAUGGUACAUCCUUUGAAAGCAAGUAUCUCGUUUCACGGAGAGCCAAAAUGGCGUUCGAAAUCUCGAAUUCGGUCCCCGCAAAAUGGCAGAGAUUUUGGCUACCUCCUUCGGACCUUUUUAUUCCAUGGUAAAUUCAAAGUGAGACUCAGAAGAUGAACUCAACAUCUGCUUAUCAGGAAUAAUUAAGCGUAAUCCAACCUUUUAUUAAUCCAAUUAUCGACGGGUCACAAAUGGGGUGCAUUGGAAAAAACUGAUAACGAAUUAGAUGGACUUUAUACGUUAACAAAUGUUCCAUGACAGAUCGCAGUCAAUGUGUUCUCGCGACUCAGGAGGUAGAAAAAUCGUAUUGUUUGUUUUACAAAGCUCAAAGAAUUAUCAGAAUAGAAGAGAAUUUAUGCCAGUACCAAAUCAACUGCGUAAAUUGUGAUUCACUGUAGGAAACUGCGAAGCAACGCCCUGGCGGGAACAUUGAAAAUAUGAAAUACGAUUCAAAUCCCGUGAUGGAAUACCAAGAUGGCGUCCAAAGGUAAAAUUUGAGAAAUGUCCACUGCCCGAUGCGAAGUCGGAUGCUCCUGAUUUCUUUUUCUUCAAAUGUUUGGGAAGGGAAGAUGGAGUGAGAGGAAAUUGAAGAAGAAAAUGGCCUUCGGAUCAGAUGAACUGGGUUACGAACGAAUCAACUCUUACUGACGGACUGUGAAAUAAUGUUAUCUCAUUCCAAGGAGGUCUGCGGUGCACACAUAAAGAAAAUUCGUAAAAACUGAUGCAAAAUGAUUACGGAGGCACGCUUCAAUGCAAUUGUUUAACAAUGAAUCGUAUAGAAGUAACCGCUUUCUUUGAACUCUUUUGCAAACAUCAAAAUGGUACCUGGAGAAUUAACAAGUCGAACGCUUUUAGAAGAAAAAAAAGUGACAAAUCGUCAGAAAAAUUUAAUUCAGUGAUUAUACCGAAGAAUUUAUCAGAGCCAACAUAAACUAAUAGAUAAUUAUUGUUGAAUGAGAGAAAACUGACAGGGAAUUAAAACCUAAAAUAUUAAAACUAAAGGAAGACCUCAAGAUAAGGGAUCCUUAAUGGGAACUAGGACAUGACAAGGUUCCUUGUUCGUUCUUUCCAGAUUAGCAAGAAGAUCAAACAUAAUGCCCAAAAAAUCAAUACGAUACCUGAUCCUCAACAUGACGGACAGAAGGUGUAUCUUCCAAAUGCCAGAAAACCACCGAAGAGUCCUCAUUUCCCUCAAACGCUCCGAGAACUUCAAAACUUUGCGGAAAGAAGAUCAAAUUCAAAAAGAGAACGAGAAAGAGCGUUUGUUAUGUGUGAAUGUGCCCUUACUCCUGCACUCCUCCUUACCAUACAACUUUACAAUUACCUUUUUUUAUUACCUAUUUCUGUAUCAUAAAAUCCCGACAAUACUAAAGUUCCUUCUCGCCUGGAAAUUUCUUCUUCCUUUUUCUUCAUAUUUUUUUUUCGAAUUUUACGGAACGACUUGUAACAUUUAGCGAUACCGUACCCGUGAUCUCAUUACAUUUCCGACGUGAUCUGUAUUUUGUUUUUCGUUUUUCUAUUUUAAAACUGCCAUACCGUUUUUCUCAUAAAAUCCGGAUUUUUUUGUUUGUUCUUCAGUCUCCGCCGUUUUCUGUUUUUUCUUCAUUUUUUUUUUCUUUCGAAUUUUACAGAACGACCUGUAACAUUUAUCGAUACCGUAUCCGGGAUCUCAUUACAUAUUCGACGUGAAUCUGUAUUUUGUUUUUCGUUUUUUUAUUUUAAAACUGCCAUACCGUUUUUCCCGUAAAAUCCGGAUUUUUUCUUGUUUAUUCUGCAGUCUCCGCAACCAUUCAUAUCCCCGCGAAACAUUUUAGAUUGAUGGCUCUCGACAGGUGUUUUCAUUUUUCGACAUUUCUUUUCUAGGUGUGCCCGGUGCUGCUUCUUUAGAAGCUAUUGUUAUUGAGAAGGAACGCAUCUACUAGUCAGUGACUUUUGACAACGAAAUUCGUAAAGUCCACCGAAACGUUUGGUGGCACAGGAGACCAGCCAUGGGCAAACAAAACAGCAAACUCAAGCCUGAAGUGCUAGAAGACCUUAAGCAGAAUACGGAGUUCUCAGACGCGGAAAUUCACGAAUGGUACAAAGGCUUUUUGAAGGACUGUCCGAGCGGACAUCUCAGUGUAGAAGAAUUCAAAAAGAUCUAUGGAAACUUUUUCCCUUAUGGCGACGCGUCAAAGUUUGCAGAACACGUCUUUAGGACGUUCGACGCUAACGGCGACGGAACGAUCGACUUUCGGGAAUUCCUCUGCGCUCUUAGCGUCACAUCUCGAGGGAAAUUGGAGCAGAAGCUGAAGUGGGCAUUCAGCAUGUACGAUCUGGAUGGAAACGGAUACAUCUCGCGGCAGGAAAUGCUGGAAAUCGUAACGGCAAUCUACAAAAUGGUGGGCACCGUGAUGAAGAUGCCAGAGGACGAGUCGACGCCGGAGAAGCGAACGGACAAGAUAUUCCGCCAGAUGGACAAGAACAAGGACGGCAAGCUGUCAUUGGACGAGUUCAUAGAGGGCGCGAAGAGCGACCCAUCCAUAGUGCGACUGUUGCAGUGCGAGCCUAGUGCGCAGGCCCAGUGAAGUCCCGGGCACCCAGAUGCUGUUUCACUGAUCGCGACCCCGAAUCGGGGCCCGGCCCAAUAAGACCCCGACGAGCCCAAAGAUUCGAUGCUAUCAUGGAGGAGAGUGGCAUCACGACCGUCGCCGCCAUCGCAUUCACCGUCGUCGAGGCGCAAAGACCCGGCAUCGACGAAAAAGUCCUCGCUCGACCCUUUUUCUGCGCAACGAGUCACCGGUAGCUCGCGAAAGCUCUUCUCGUCGCCCUCAUUACACCUACCGAGCACGUGGCAACCCUAAUAUCGUACCGAUUCGCUAGGUUAGGUUAGGUUAGGUUGUCGCGUCGCGAGUCGCCGGUGACUCGCGAGGUUCCCUCGAAACUCGAAUAGAAUCCCCGAAGUGGAGGGCCAGCGACUUCGGGUUAGGUUCCAGCCAGCGAUCGUGUCGGGUCCGCGCAUCAACCGAUCUUUUAGGUUAGGUUAGGUUAGGUUAGGUCUCCGUCCCCUUCUCCUCGCAGGACUGCUCGCGAAUGAGGUAUCUUCUCGCGGAAGAGAGGGCCAGGCAGAAGUAGAUGCGCCUAACUACCGAGCAGGUGAUCUUAUUGGGUUGGCAACUAAGUGAUUGCGGAUCUUUUAAUACCAUCCAUCGAGAAAAUCCGCAAUCAUUUAGUUGCCAACCCAAUAGUAGAGAGGUAGGCCCGUCGCUUUCCAUCGGCGCAGACGGUCAAUCGAUCGACUACUCCGGUUUGACCUGGACGAAGGAAUUCUGCCUAGUUUCGAUCGGACGAUUCCAAAAUGCUGUAUUCGAGGAGGGGACGAGUUUAUGGCGCGGUAAGUGUGGUAUGUCUUAGUAGAGAGGUGGUAGAUCGGGUGGAGGUGGAUCUUGCGACUUUGAGUUGUGCAGUUGGCACCACCGAAUAAUUCUCGUAGAACCGGAGGGCCUGGAAAUAAGGUAAUGGAUCCCCAUACAGGAGCCCAACAUUGCUACAAUGUCGCUUGGUGUCGGGGCAGCUCUGCUGCAACGUAGCAGUAAAGCUGCUACGACGGAACUGCUUUCGCAAACGCUACGCAAACAUUUCCACCGAUAAGAUCCAACAUGGCGCCCUGCUUCCGGCGAUGUUGUAUUAUCCACCACUACGACAUCGCUGCGGUAUGUACGCUGCUACGUUUCGCGGCAUACAAGCUGUCGUAAAACCCGCGAAAAGAAAAUGUUGAGGGUUUGAAACUCCUCCGCGAGAUUGUAGAGGUAUGUACAAUCAAGUUGCAGAGUUGAGAACCACACCGGCACCGCUAUUGUCUGUAAGUACAAGAUAACAAGAAGAAAAGAACAUAAAUUCCAAAGCCACUGCUUCACCGUUGUAUCCGCGAUAUUCCAACAUUGUUGCAGUACGCACCUUAACAUUGAAUAAGGGUUAAAGUAGCGUGAAACAGCCCAUAGUUAAGUCAUGCCCUCGGACCUUUUGAACAAACCCGGACACCUAAUCCUCGACAACGAGCAAAGAUGUCCGUCCUGCAACUUUGUUACGCGUUGCCCUUCUACUGUCUCUGCACAAUCGCCCUUACUUUGCGCCACUUAUCUGCCAGGUUGCAGACUUAGACCUUAACGACUUAACUGAAACGGAAUAACAAACGCACCUAAGCUGGUCAUUUCGCAAAAACGCCCCUCCCGACAUCCAACAUUGUUGCAAUGUUUCGCACAAUGUGCCGUGCUGUAUGGGUCUUGAACGGAGAACAUUACAAGGGCCAUAUACUCAAAGCCUUUGCAGAUUUCCGAGCAAGGCAGCAUCUAGAUAGGAAGAGAGUGCCACUCGUUAAUAAAAAAUGAAUCUCUACCACCGAAGGUGGACGCCGGUGAAGUGAUCGAUCAUUUUUAGGCCGUAGGAACGCACAGAAACGCUUAGGCGUUUGCAGAAACUGAUUAAGUGGCACGACUCCUCCAUGAGUGCACUCGGUAAUUGGGCAUCGACAUGUCGCAAAGGGUUCUUAAAUUGGACCGGGACCCGAUAGUUCCGGGGCCGCUGGGCCCACGGCGCUUGCGCAAUCCGCAAGCUAGUCGAUAAGACUAGUCCAGUCGCUCCGUCUUGUUAACAAAAAGAUAAAAAGAGUUAGGUUAUGUUCUCUCGAUCCGACCUUGCGCUGCGUAACGCGGUGAACGAUAGGUCUCGACCGCUUUAGAUAGACUUUACCGGGGUCCGUGGAUGGGUUUAAAUUUUUAUACGCGUCAAUUCAAUGGCCUUUCUUCAUUCGACCUCUGACUCCGCCAUGUUGAAUUUCAAUUAUCUCAUCGUCGUUUUAGAAGCGGCUUAAUCGGCGUAGAAAGCAGGUUGCCAAGGUUUAAACAAGAUAAUUAAUACUUGCUCGUUCAUUGGUGUAAAGUGGUUAUCAUAUCGUAUGAUAGGGAAAGGGUUACUAUGUCUUGUCAGGAGUGUAUCACGGUGAUUGUAGAUAAGAAUAGCUUCUUAAGUUCCCCGUGGACUAAUAUGGUGAAGUUGGAUGUACUGCUUAACGGAAAUACUAUGGAAUUUAUUGUUUGGAGUAUUAAUUAGCAAUUGUUACGAUUGAAUAUUCAGUUUAUUUAGAGAUUUUCGGCCAUUGAGUUGACGGGAUAUGGUUUAAUGCGUUACCAUGGGACCCCAAGGGUUGUAAAAACUUUUUCCCAGGCGUUGAACCUUUUUUCCCAGUGCAUCGCGGAACGAAUAGGGAAUCGACUUACUAGGCUAGUGUUGUUCAUCUUGUCUAGUUACAUUCUAGGGGACUCGGCACAGGUCUGGAUUCCAUAAAACGUUUAUAUCGGGACGUGACAUGUUCGGUACGCAUAGUGAUUAUUAUAACGAUUCGAAUUAACGUUGGAGUAUUAAUUAGGCCUCGAGGCUGUAAAUAAACAGGUGACUAAUUAAACACAUUCUAAUCGCGCUGAGUAGAAAUUUUCUUUGUACGGUUAUAAAAAGGAUCACAUUGUUGCUGGACUGGUCUCUUAGUUUCCAUCGAUGAAGUUGUCAAACUCUAGUAGUAACCGAGUGACUCGGUCAGCCAUUAUGAAAGACGUGUGUAAUUUCAGAAUAUGAGUGAAUGUUAUUUAAAAGGAAAUAUACUUGUUUUAGUUUCUUGCUGGCAUCCUAGAACACGGAGACCUCAUUAUUGAGUAUUUUCUAAGGAUACGAUGUGAUCGACAUAUAUAAACCUAUAAAUUUAUUCAAUACACUCAGUUAACUGGUUCGGAGAUAAACCUCCUGUUUCUUGAAUCGCUACUUUACGAGUUAUCAUCUUAUGAUAUCACGAGACAUAUACCUGUUUACGAUAGUCAACCUAAAUGACGAUAAUAUGUCACACAUACAAGCGUGCAUGAAUUUGUUGCUCUCAUGCAAUGAGCGAUAAACGGUUGCCUUAUCUCGCGUACGUCUGACCAAUACUCGCCUGUACUACUUGAUUUUCUUCAGUGAGUCCCUUAUCAUUACCGUAUGAUAAGUCUGAUCAGUGUUUUCUCACCGCUUGGAUUCCCAACAACUACUAGCAGGUGCUAUAGUUAAAGUAAACAUCUAGUUUGUAGAAAGGGAAUAUUAAUAUACUAUGUCAGACAGAGAGGAAUUCGAAUUAGUAUAGCACAACGUUUAUGUGUUAGUCGCUCUGUACCCCACGUCUAUUUUUCGUUUUGAAUUGAUGCUAUGAACAACUCUGGCAGAAAUUCAUAUUAUGCACAAAUUUACUUCGCCGAUGGUCAUUAUAAUCCAGUACCUGCAAAAUCAAAACUGGUAUCGAACUCGCCCGAGGUAAUAUUUAGAACGAAAAGUGUAGUAGUUUUAAACACGAAAAUAAAUUUCAUAAUACUAUUUCA